AGCUUCCCUUGGCAGGGCUGGAUGGUGACCCGCCACAACCUGACCGUGAGGGCCACACUCAUCGGUGACCAGUGGCUGCUGAACACAGGCAGGAACGUGUACCUGAACAUCCACAGUGAGAAUGCCACGCUGGAAGAGAUUGCCCCUACACUGCAGCUGUUCCUGGGCAGCCGGGAGCAGCCCAACUUGGCAUUUGAGCGUGUUGUGCUGCACCCCAGCUACCCACAGGCUGUGGACCUGGCCUUGCUGAAGCUGAAGCAGAAGGUGCUUCUUGGCGAGGAGGUGAACCGCAUCUGCCUGGCCCAGAAGGGCUAUGUGCACCCAGGACAGGUGGGCUACAUCUCAGGCUGGGGCUGCAGUGCCACCUUUGGCUUUCCCGACAGGCUGAAGUACGUGAUGCUGCUAGUGGCCGAGAGUGAGCAGUGCCGGGAAUACUACAGUGCGCAGGAUGUGUCCUACUGGGUCCAGCCCAUCCUUGGCAAUGACACCUUCUGCGUGGGCAUGAGUGAGCUGCGGGAGGACCCCUGCUACGGGGAUGCAGGCGGAGCCUUUGCCGUGCAGGAUCCCGAUGACGACACCUGGUACGCAGGUGGCAUCGUCAGCUAUGACAAGACCUGCACAGCUGCAAAGUAUGGCGUGGACGUGAAGCAUGUCCUGGCCUGGGUGAAGGAGACAGUGGCAGCUGGCUGAGGCAGAACCAUGAGGGAAUAAAACUGUUGCGCGCCAGGCUGCA